ACAACUUCCCCGUUCCACUUGUCUCUCAGGCAGAAUCGAAAUCCAACCUGCGACAAGAACAUUGUUACUUUUUAGCAACAUCAACGUGCAGUAAUGUUCUCAAAGUUACUAACUGAAUCCGAUGUCAAUAAAAACUUAUCGAUACUUUUUUGUUCUAUGGGAUCAAGUAUACCAGAAGAAGGGGAUUUGUACAUGAAUGUGCUAGAUAAUACUGGAAAAGCCUGGAGUUUCCCCUGCUCUGCUCACCAUGACGAGACCACUGGAACUGUUGUUUCUGUUUGCUGGGACGAAUUUGUUCGCGAGAAAGGUGUUAGGGCAAAUGACAAGAUGGUUCUCAAGGAAAAAUCUAUGGCGGAGGGGACAAUUUUUAUGGUUGAUGUGAAGAGAAGGAUCAGAUUGUUCGGUGAGGAUAUUUGGGCUGAUGUCUGAACUAGCUGACUUUAUGUCCAGGAAACACCAUGGUGGAAGUUUAUUUUUCUUUUGAAUUAAUCAAAAGUGUGUAUGAUGAAUUGUGAUCAUUAAAUUGUUUUAUUCAUU